AUGGAGAAUCAUCUAAACGCAACUAUAACAUUUAACGUCACACCAGUCACUUCUUUAAAAAAUGAGAUAUUUAGUGUAGGGGACAUCGUUCAUUUAACUCUCUACAGUUUGCUGUUCCUGAUUGUCAUCGUUGGAAACACUUUUGUGAUCCUCGCCUUCAAACUGAACUACAGAUUGCGUACUGCUACAAAUAUUGGCCUAGUCAGUUUGGCGUUUAGCGAUCUCUUGGUUGGUUUAAUUUCAAUUCCUCUUUGGAUUUUCUUGCAUAUAUCUUUUAAUGAAAAGCACAUUCGCCCCGCUUACUAUCAUGGUCUUUUCCUACUGUUUGAUGUAUUAAAUGGAUCAGCGUCCAUCUUUCAGCUGACAGCUAUUUGCAUUGAAAGAUGUUUCUCUAUAGUGGCUCCAAUACGACACCGUUCAUUGCCACGGACUUUUCACUAUCGCGUUGUGUUGGUGGUCUGGAUCCUAGCGUCAGUGUGCUCUGUAACGUCUUUUCUUGCUUUUACAGGUCUCAUUGAUUAUCGCUGGUAUAUGAAAUCUAUUGUAAUAAUAUGCUUCAUAAUUCCUUUGGUAGUAAUGACAGUAUCCUAUUCCUGGUUAUUCCGCACUGUUAGAAAAAGGAACUCGAUUUUCCCGACGAGUAACCUGUCAUUGAACUGGACGUCACAACGUAAAACUAUAAUAACCAUAUUGAUUGUGACAGGACUAUUUGUUAUAGCUUGGUCACCCACGUUUAUCUUUACUCUGUUAUUGCAAACUUUGUCUAAAAGUGACCUUCUUGUACUAAAUAAUAACGUGCAUAUCAGGCGUAUUCCUAAGUGGAUGCAGUAUAUGAACAGCGCUUUGAACCCUUUGGUAUAUGCCUACAGAAAUAACGAUUUUAAGACCACCUUUAAGAGGAUGACUCUCUCAAUCAUGAGAUGCCAGGCUUUUCAACAGGUUUGCCGAAGAACAACAUCGUAA